GAUUGAUUUGCCAAAGGACUUGGACGGGAAGGGCUUUUUUAGGGCGUUUUUUUGUAGAAUUACGUCGCUUAUCGUUGCUUGCGUUUCGGUUUGAUUUCCUGCAGGGAGACAGUUGGUUUGCCUUUAGCGCUUUAGAAUAUUACAGGAGGAAAAUGGGAAACCAACUUUCGUCCUCCUCGUCACCAUCGGCGCCGGCUGCGGACUACGAUGAAGCUCGCGAGAGCAGUCUUCAAGCAACUAAUCACCCGCCACCCGCAGUCGACGACGCAUUCCCUAGUAUACAGACUUCUUUGUCCACCGACUCCUCUUCGUCUUCUUCGUCUUCUACUUCAUCUGCGCAACACAAUUCACACUUGUAUUCCACUUCAACAUCGUCUUCGUCCUCUUCCUCGUCCUCGUCGUCUUCCAACGUACACCGCCACUCGAGUCGUGCCCGUAGGCGCCAACUGUUUAGUAUCUCUCCACUUGUUCCGCCUUCUCUCAUUUUCAGAAACGAGAGUCGAGGUGUGAUGGAUGCUCUUGGGGAUGGGAAUGACAGGAGAAAUUUAAGAGUUUUGAGGAGAUUGAGGACACCUUCUGAGAGACGUCCUGUGGAUUCUACGAGAAAUGAAGAGGAGGCUAUGAUGGACGUUGAUCAUCAAAACGAGAGUCAGCAGGACCAAUCUGUACAAGUUGAGGAUAGUCAACGACCUACCCUGCCCGGUUUUAAUGAAAUGUUUGGCUUCCCUGGGUCGCAGUCGUGGUCACCCUUAUCACCAGCCCAACCACCACCUCCUCUACAACCAUCUUCCCCCGCACCUCCACGAUCAUCAACCGACAGUUCCGUUGGAACAUCUUCAAGUGUAGAUUCAUCGGACGUUCCGGGACUCGCUCGACCAGCCUCCACUAUUCGCCGAAGAUUUGUCAGAAGUCUAUUAGAGGCCAUCAUGUCUGGGUUACCCUCUGUUGAUGGAAGAAAUACCACCACUACUAGCAACAAUAAUACCAGCAGUGCCGGAACGGCAACUGCUACCCCUACCGCGAGCGAUAGAAUCCAGCCGCCUGCAGGCAUGCAGUCUGCAAAUUUAACUGAUUUGCUACAAUUUCUUCGCUCUCCACCUCCGGGUGCUGGCACAAUACAAAUGUCACCAGCAGAAGGACCAGCGGGCUUGUCAUCUUUUCUUAGAGCACUUCGCGGUCGUAGGGGACGAGAGGCCGAGGACGCAGAUGGAGGAGCAUCUAGACGCAGUCCCGUGCCGGUCUUGAUUUUGAUUGGACGUGCAGUUCGUCUGGCAAAUGGGCAGAGCGUUCCAACAAUGGAAGCAAACGCAACGGGUGAAACUGCUCCUGAAGCCGCUGCCCAAAACGCAACGGACGAUCGUGCAAGUCGACUCUUUGGAGAGUUGGGUAAUGAAGGUAAUCCCUCUGUCGCCUCAUUUGCUGAGUCGCUCCUUUCAACACCACCAGUGCCAGCGCCUGCGCCGGCUGAAGCAACCCCAUCCACGACGAAUACUUCUGCUCCUGAACAGCCUGCGGGUGAAGCGAAUGCUGAGGGUACACCUGGUCAGGACCCUGCCAACCCGUCCGCUAGGAGGAGUAUUCAGUUUAUGAUCUACUUUAUUCCUAAUCGAAGGCGAACGGGAGAUGCAACUGCUGGCCCAACUGCAGCCUCGAAUGUACCCAUCCCUGGCGCUUCACCUGAAGCACCGACACCAGUGCCAUUGUUUCCUACACAACCUGCCGAAGGUGAUUCCCGUGAUCGAAAUCCAUUUGCCGACAUUCUAAGCUCGAUUCCAGCUGGAAUGCCUCCAUUGACUCACCUGUUCACGGGAGGACAGAGUACAGGAGCAGUGGAUGCUAUUCGACCCGAUGCCCCGCCAGCCUCAACAAAUCUCGAUGGCUCUAGUCCUUUUACCAUGCCACUUCCCACAACGGAUACCCUCAACCCCAAUACCACAACAGAUACCAAUGCAGAUCCAGCAACCGCAACCCAACGUCCUGGAGGUCGCAAUGUUGUUGAGGACUUUGCCAUCACCAUUAUUCUCCAAUUAGUGAGCAACAUGUUACGGGAAGGUUCCAUGAACGGGCCUGGAGGCCUUUUGGGCGGUACAUUGAGCCUAGAUAUUGCCACCGGCGCUGAAAAUGCUGGAAAUGGAAUGAGCUAUGAAGACUUGUUACGAUUGGCAGAAGUCUUGGGCCCCGCGCGACCACGUAAUGCGGAGCAAUCGGAUGUAGAGGCGCAGCUACCGACAGUCAUAUGGCAUUCGAAUGAAGCUGCUGGGGACGAUAAAGAUGAUGCAAAGGGCAAACAAAGAGUAGAUGAUACGUCCUCGGUAGUCUCUAUGGAUAUUGACGAUCACGCUGAACCAAGGGUCGAGAAUCCGGCCAAAGAGGAGAAGGACAAGGAUGAAAAGGACGUGAAAACAGAGCCUGUGCAAUGGGGUAUCAAAGAUUUACUGGCAUCAACCCGUGAAAAAUGCAUGAUUUGUUUGACGCCGUACGAAGAAGAGGAUCAAUUGAGGAUAAUGCGGUGUCGUCACGGGUUUCACAGAGAGUGCUUGGAUCAGUGGCUAACACAAUACCAUAAUUCAUGUCCGCUCUGCCGCGACAAAGCUGUUCACAGCCCCGCAAGCCAGGAGGCUCCACCCAACAUGUUUGGAGGUCAAACCUUCAACCCACCGUCCACAACCACGCCAACAACAACAACGACAACAACCCAAACAUCGCCAACACCUGAGGAAGCAGGGAACGAACCCCGUCGUGGUGGAUUCUUGAGACGUCUUAUGGAUAUGUUCCCUGGACGACUGGGUGGCGGUCAGGAACAAACGGCUACUGCUCCGGCUGAUGCAAGGCUGGGAACAGACAGACCUGGGUUGCCUGCUGCUGUUAUUGUGUUUUUAGGGUAAUGAGUUGUCGCUGGGUUAAAGGUUGUUGAGGCCUUUUUUGUACAAAGUUUGGGUCGAAUGUGGGGAGAUGGCUUUGUGGUGUAGGUCAAUGGGGAGGGAAAUGUUUCAAUCUAGUAGGUUCAUACGGUGUGUGGUGGAGGCGUGAUGGCAUUGUUUUGCUUUUCUUGUAUAGAGAUGUGUCAUUGGAGGGUCAAGAAUGUGAAUAGCAUUUUUCAUACACGUUCAUUAAAGAUUGCCAAUGACAGCGAGAAUGAAUGUCAAGUUAAAGACAUGAAAAUGAGUAUCGC